CCGUGAACUCAGUCUGCCCCUCUUUCUCUGACGGCCGCCGCACCUUACCUCACCUCACCUUCUGCCACGGUGGUCGGCGGCGUCGACGGCCUCAAACAUGCGGGGAGAGGGUGUGAGGGAGGGAGGAGACCGCCAGCGGUGUCGGCGUGGAGGUGGGGGCGAUGCGGCGGCAGGCAGUGAGCACGCACGCUUGGGUGGCGGCGAAACAAUGGAGAGCUGGCGAGGGGAAGAGAGGGCGGCCCCGGGCGCGGGCGGAGCUUCGGGCGGUGAGCUGGAGAAUCUCCGUCUUCACACGGGAUCUAUUCGCUUCCUUCCCGGUUCACGGCGGCGGCGCUCUUCCUGAUCCGGUUCUACAAGCCGAGCAAUGGCCUCAGGUUAAUCGUUCCAACUUUGUGAACUAAAUACCUUCGCAAAAACGUGUGAAUAAGGAGACCCUGGUUCAGUGAGCACUACGAUGGACACUUCCAUAGCUUGUGUAGGCACAAGAUGGAUUUCUGUCAGUGUCCUGAAGAGGCAAAAAGUUUGGUGGAAGGAUCAUAUCUGACUUGACCUCGACCAUGGGUCGUCCAUGGGUGGCUCCAUCCUCCAUGCAGCCGCUUGGUGGAAGCUUCCUCCUUGGUGUGCAAUAUUGCCUUAUAUUAUGGAGUACUCCUCGGUGGAAGCACAUAAACGGUGCUGGCUAGCACAUGGUUUUAUGGCAAUACUGCCUUGUAUUAUGCCUAGAGAUGCCUCCAAUGAGCGGUCAAUUAUCCAGUCCAAGUGGCAGCCCAAGUGGAUGCGUAGUACUGCUGUCCUAGUCACCAAUCUGGACUGCCCUGCUGCAAGCGAUACUCUCACGUCGGGCCAGUCGCUCGCUGUCGGCGGCAGCAAGCUCGUCUCGAGGAACGGCAAGUUCGCACUCGGCUUCUUCCAGCCAGCAGCAGGCACCAUCAGUAAGUCCCAGAACACCUCCGGCUCCAGCUGGUACCUUGGAAUAUGGUUCAACAAGAUACCAGUUUUUACUGUCGUGUGGGUUGCCAAUAGGGAUCAGCCCAUCACCGGCCCCAGCCUCAGCCGAACAAAGCUGCAGAUAUCAAACGAUGGCAAUCUUGUCAUUGUACACAAUGAUUCCGUACUUUGGUCCACUCACAUUGUCAAUAAUAGGACACAAGCCAGGGGCAUAAACACCACUGCCAGUGCGGCUGUUCUCUUGAACAGUGGAAACCUUGCCCUUACAGUCACAGAGAGCCCAUCAUCAUCGGACCUACUGUUGUGGCAGAGCUUCGAUCACCCAAUAGAUAUUGUGCUUCCUGGUGCCAAGUUUGGUCGAAACAAGAUCACCGGUUUGAACCGUAAGGGCGUCUCAAAGAAGAGCCUCAUUGAUCAGGGUCUCGGCUCAUACAGCGUUGAACUAGACACCAGCGGGCAGGUCGUCCUCAAGCGCAUAAACCCCUCAGUCGUGUAUUGGCAUUGGGCAUCCUCCAAAACAUCAUCAUUGAAGCUUAUACCAAUACUCAAGUCCAUUCUGGAUAUAGAUCCACGGACCAAAGGUUUGAUUAACCCAGCAUAUGUUGAUAAUGACCAAGAGGAGUACUACAUGUACACCUCACCAGAUGAAUCAUCUUCCACAUUUGUCUCACUUGACAUCUCUGGUCAGAUAAAUCUGAAUGUUUGGUCGCAGGCCAGCCAGUCUUGGCAAACCAUAUAUUCCCAGCCUGUCGAUCCCUGCACUCCGGCUGCUACCUGCGGACCUUUCACAGUCUGCAAUGGCACUGCACAGCCAUUCUGUGACUGUAUGGGGAGCUUCUCUCAGAAGUCACCACAGGAUUGGGUGUUUAAUGAUCGAACAGGAGGGUGCAUCAGAAAUACACCGUUACAGUGCAACACUAGCAGUAACAACAAAAAUAUGACAAGUUCAACGGACAUAUUCAACCCCAUUACUCAAGUUACGCUGCCCUACAACCCACAUAGCAUAGACGUUGCUACCACACAGAGCAAAUGCGAAGAAGCUUGUCUCAGUUCCUGCUCCUGCACUGCUUAUUCAUAUAACAACAGCAGAUGCUCUGUCUGGCAUGGGGAAUUGCUUAGUGUAAAUCGGAAUGAUGGCAUCGAUAAUGUUUCUGAAGAUGUUCUAUACCUCCGCCUUGCCGCCAAAGAUUUGCUGCCAAAUUUGAUGAAGAACAAAAGAAAACCAAACGUUGGAGCUGUUACCGCUGCAAGCAUUAUUGGUUUUGGGUUACUAAUGCUCAUGGUGUUGUUACUGAUUUGGAGGAAGAGAGUUUGGUGGUGUGGUUUGCCUUUGUACAGCAAUGAAGGUAGUUCUGCUGGGAUCAUAGCCUUCAGGUACACUGACUUAGUUCGUGCUACUAAAAACUUCUCAGAAAAGCUGGGAGGAGGUGGUUUUGGUUCUGUAUACAAGGGAGUGUUAAGUGACUCGAAGACUACCGUAGCAGUUAAAAAGCUUGAUGGUGUCAGUCAAGGAGAGAAGCAAUUCAGGGCUGAGGUGAGCUCAAUUGGACUGAUCCAACAUAUAAACCUUGUCAAAUUGAUUGGUUUCUGCUGCGAAGGUCAUCACAGAUUACUUGUGUACGAGCACUUGUUCAAUGGAUCUCUUGAUAGUCAUCUAUUUAAGAAGAGCAAUAAUGCUGAUGUUGCUGUCCUAAACUGGAACACCAGAUAUCAGAUAACCCUAGGAGUUGCCAGAGGGUUGUCCUACUUGCAUCAGAGUUGCCGCGAAUGCAUCAUACACUGUGAUGUUAAGCCAGAAAACAUACUUGUGGACGCAACCUUUGCUCCCAAAGUUGCAGACUUUGGAUUGGCAGCGUUUGUGGGGAGGGAUUUUAGCCGAAUUCUGACCACAUUCAGAGGAACUGCAGGUUAUCUUGCCCCAGAGUGGCUUACUGGAGUUGCUAUUACACCAAAAAUCGAUGUUUACGGCUUCGGCAUGGUACUGAUGGAAAUCAUAUCCGGAAGCAGGAAUUCACCUGAAACACACAACACUAGCAGCAGCACCAGUUACCACGCUGAGUUUUUCCCUGUGCAAGCCAUUAACAAGCUUCAUGGAGGAGAUGUGAACAGUUUGGUGGAUCCACGGUUGCAUGGUGACUUCAAUUUGGAAGAGGCUGAAAGGGUUUGCAAAGUUGCAUGUUGGUGCAUUCAAGAUAAUGAGUUUGAUCGGCCGACGAUGGGUGAAGUGGUCCGGGUUCUCGAGGGUCUGCAGGAAAUUGAUGUGCCCCCGAUGCCAAGACUGCUUGCAGCUAUAACGGUGCAACCUGGUGCUGCAUAUUCAGUGCAAUUAUAACUCACAGUCGAUGCUAAUAAUCUUUGCUAUUUGUUUUUUAAGUUGUAGUAAUGUCGAGUGGAAAAAAUAAAGGAAGGCAAGCAUUGUAGCAAAAUAUGGCAGAACUACAAAUAUGUGUAUGUUUUGUUGAUUGGAUAGUUUGAUAUAUAUCCUUAAAUCCUGACAUCAAA